AUGCCAGAACAAAUGGAGUCUGAACACUCUGACAUCGAGACCUUCGCCUUUCAGGCGGAGAUAGCUCAACUUAUGUCUCUGAUCAUCAACACAUUCUAUUCCAACAAAGAAAUAUUUAUACGCGAACUUAUUUCUAACUGCAGUGAUGCGCUUGACAAGAUCCGGUACAAGAGUCUGACCGACCCCUCCGUUCUCGAUAACGAUUCUAAUCUUGAGAUCAAGGUCAUACCUGACAAGGAUGCCAAGACAUUUACAAUAAUCGACACAGGCAUUGGAAUGACAAAGUCGGACCUAAUCAAUAACCUCGGCACGAUCGCGAGGUCGGGGACCAAAGCAUUUAUGGAGGCCCUACAAGCUGGUGCCGAUAUCUCGAUGAUCGGGCAGUUCGGCGUUGGCUUUUACUCGGCGUACUUGAUCGCUGACAAAGUCGAGGUCAUCUCCAAGCAUAACGACGAUGAGCAGUACAUUUGGGAGUCGUCUGCUGGCGGGUCUUUUACCAUUCGGACCGAUCCCGGUCCGCCCCUUGGGCGCGGUACCAAGAUUAUCCUCCAUAUUAAGGAGGACCAACUUGAAUACCUAGAGGAUCGACGCAUUAGAGAAGUUAUUAAAAAACACUCUCAGUUCAUCGGGUAUCCCAUAAAGUUGCUCGUGGAGAAGGAGAGACUAAAGGAUGUUUCGGAUGACGAGGCGGAAGAGAAGAAGGAUGAAGAUAAGGUUGACGAGGAAAAGCCCAAGGUAGAAGACCUUGAUGAGGACGAUUCUCACUCAGACGGUGAGGGGGAUGCGAAGAAACCAGGUACCAAGAAGAAGAAGCAGAUCAAAGAGAAGUACACCGAUGAGGAAGAGCUGAAUAAGACCAAGCCCUUAUGGACCCGCAAUGCAGAGGAUAUCAGUCAGGAGGAGUACGCGGAGUUCUACAAGUCACUUAGUAAUGACUGGGAGGACCAUCUAGCCGUUAAGCAUUUCUUCGUCGAGGGUCAACUUGAGUUCCGCGCCUUGCUCUUUGUCCCCAAGCGUGCGCCCUUCGACCUUUUCGAAAAUCGGAAGAAGAGAAACAACAUUAAGCUCUACGUGCGAAGGGUGUUCAUCAUGGAUAACUGUGAAGACCUAAUUCCUGAAUACCUCAACUUUAUCCGUGGCGUCGUUGACAGUGAGGAUCUUCCACUCAACAUCAGCCGUGAAAUGUUGCAGCAGAACAAGAUAUUAAAGGUUAUCCGAAAGAAUUUGGUCAAAAAGUGCAUUGAAUUGUUCGAAGAAAUAGCCGAGGAUCACGAAAACUACAAGAAGUUUUACGAGCAAUUUAGCAAGAACAUAAAGCUCGGGAUC